GCUAUGGCGACUGGGGAGGGGCGGUGUCUGUUCUGAAUCGCUGUGUGUCACCCGGGCGCUGCCCAGGAAGGGCAGGGCUGGGGUGAUGACCAUGGUAACAGCCGGGUGGGAGUUCGUGACAUCUCUGGCGCGGAGGGACUCGAUGUCUAUGGCAAUGGUCGCCUGGUGAAAGGGACGGAACUAGAUCCCUUCGCUCGGGACGCUCACAUUCCAGGCCCUUGUCCUGCAGGCUGCCGCGGGCGGACACGCCAGAGGAGGAGGCCGGGGAAUGGCCGCGGUGUGGCAGCAAGUCUUAGCAGUGGACGCGAGUUUCGGACGCAGUAUAUCCGCCGGCGCAGCCAGCUGCUGCGGGAGAAUGCCAAGGCUGGGCACCCCCCAGCGCUGCGUCGGCAGUACCUGAGGCUUCGGGGGCAGCUGCUCGGCCAGCGCUACGGGCCCCUCUCCGAGCCAGGCAGUGCUCGUGCCUAUAGCAACAGCAUCGUCCGCAGUAGCCGUACUACUCUUGACCGCAUGGAGGACUUUGAGGAUGAUCCUCGGGCUCUGGGGGCCCGUGGGCACCGUCGUUCUGUCAGCAGAGGCUCCUACCAGCUGCAGGCGCAGAUGAACCGUGCCGUCUAUGAGGACAGGCCCCCUGGCAGCGUGGUGCCCACAUCAGCGGCAGAGGCAAGUCGGGCCAUGGCCGGGGACACAUCACUGAGCGAGAACUAUGCCUUUGCGGGCAUGUACCAUGUUUUUGACCAGCACGUGGAUGAGGCAGUCCCAAGGGUGCGCUUCGCCAAUGAUGACCGACACCGCCUGGCCUGCUGCUCACUCGACGGCAGCAUCUCCCUGUGCCAGCUGGUGCCUGCCCCACCCACAGUGCUUCGCGUGCUACGGGGCCACACCCGCGGUGUCUCCGACUUCGCCUGGUCCCUCUCCAAUGACAUCCUCGUGUCCACCUCACUGGAUGCCACCAUGCGCAUCUGGGCCUCUGAGGAUGGCCGCUGCAUCCGGGAGAUCCCUGACCCCGAUGGCGCUGAACUGCUCUGCUGCACCUUCCAGCCUGUCAACAACAACCUCACUGUGGUGGGGAACGCCAAGCACAACGUGCAUGUCAUGAACAUCUCCACGGGCAAGAAAGUGAAGGGGGGCUCCAGCAAGCUGACGGGCCGUGUCCUUGCUCUGUCCUUUGAUGCCCCUGGCCGGCUGCUCUGGGCGGGUGAUGACCGUGGCAGUGUCUUCUCUUUCCUCUUUGACAUGGCCACAGGGAAGCUGACCAAAGCCAAGCGUUUGGUGGUGCAUGAAGGGAGCCCUGUGACCAGCAUCUCAGCCCGGUCCUGGGUCAGCCGCGAGGCCCGGGAUCCCUCACUGCUCAUCAAUGCUUGCCUCAACAAGUUGCUGCUCUACAGGGUGGUAGACAACGAGGGGACCCUGCAGCUGAAGAGAAGCUUCCCCAUCGAGCAGAGCUCACAUCCUGUGCGCAGCAUCUUCUGUCCCCUCAUGUCCUUCCGCCAGGGGGCCUGCGUGGUGACGGGCAGUGAGGACAUGUGCGUGCACUUCUUUGAUGUGGAGCGGGCGGCCAAGGCUGCUGUCAACAAGCUGCAGGGCCACAGUGCACCUGUGCUUGAUGUCAGCUUCAACUGCGACGAGAGCCUACUGGCCUCCAGUGACGCCAGCGGCAUGGUCAUCGUCUGGAGGCGGGAGCAGAAGUAGGGUCCUGUCGGCCCUGCUGCUGUCCUCUAUCCCACCCCUCUUACUCCAGCCUCGUGUUGUAAAUAAAGUUUCGGUGGUCAUGCUGAGGGCCGGCUCCCAGCUCUGCCGGGGACGGACAGGGCAGAGGGCAGCGGGCAGCUCCAGGAACACGGUGGAACGGGG